AUGCCGUCUGGUAUUUGGAAUAUCUUGCUUUUACUUAUCAUUUCGUACAGCUUUUGUGCCUCCGAUUCGAUUGAUCCGCAGGUCGACAGGCAAUCAGGAUCUUCCUUAUCGGAUGUCGUGCAAAGAAACCUCGAAUCGGUUGAUGGUAUUCUCAAUAAUGAGAAAAUAAGCAAAGAAGGCAGUUCCGUUCGUAACAGAGGCCAACUAGGAUUUAACGAGCAGAAACAAGACGAGAAGAGAUACAACGACCAAGAUACGGUCCGCGAAGGGUUUGACAAAGAAAGACAUAGUUUGGGCGAAUCCGAAGCCAUCGAUCAGGGGAAGAAUUCUUUUCAACGGCGCGGCAGUUUGUAUUACAAAAAAGGUUUCCAGAGGACCGGUUUUAGUAACAACUACCAUAAGGACGAGUCGGGAAAUAAUUCGAGCUUUUAUGAGGAUAGCAACGACGAGGGGGGCCGUAGGUCGUCAGGAAAUAGCGAUGAUUAUUAUAGGCAAAAAUCGCUGGAUUCGUUCAAAGACGGUGCGCACGAUGUUUCCUAUACCGGGCGAGACCGAGUCCAUCAGGGAAUCUAUGACAAUAGAAAAAAUAUGAACGCGUAUCGCGAUUAUCACGGAGGAUAUCACAAUGAUUUGUACACAGAAGAUGGAAGAAACUAUGCGCAAGAAAAGCCGGGACGUUAUUUUGAUCGCAAUGGCAAAGAGAUUUAUUAUUACAGGGACAAGUUACAUCCAAGUAGUCGUUUUCGUAAUAAUCGCUACGAACUACUGUACAGGGAUUACAACGUAGAUAAAUUACCCAGAGAUUACUACAAAGAAGAUCCCUAUGUUGCACAUUAUUUAAGACAUGAUCGAUAUUUUCCCAGUCGGCAAAGGGAUUACGAAUCAGAACUGUUUUAUCCUCGCAAUAGAAAUUACGAUAGAAUCUAUCGCGGUGAUUCGUACGAUGACGAAUACCUAAACAAAUACAGAAAUAGUUUUAGCAGUGGAUAUUAUCAAUUUUAAGAUGAAAUUUUGUGAUAUCAUAUAAUAUACAAUAUGGAAUCGAAAGAGCAGGUAAUGGAAUAUUUCGGCUGGUGAUAGUUGUUAUACAUUAAAAAUAAUAAAAUUCUACUGUUUCAUUUACAUGAAAA